AUGAGAAGAAGCAACGCAGAAGGGAAGCGGAGUUUAAUAGAAAUGAGUGAGGAAGAGGAGCAAGAAGAAGAUGAUAAUGAUACUUUUGUUGAAGAAGAAGAAGAAGAGGAGGCUUCGGAGAAGAAGCAGAAAGGCAAAGCUACAAGUAGUAGCACCAGUAGUGGAGUUUGUUGUCAGGUGGAGAGAUGUACUGCGGAUAUGAGCAGAGCCAAACAGUACCACAAACGACACAAAGUCUGCGAGUUUCAUGCCAAAGCUCCUGUUGUUCGGAUCUCUGGUGGUUACCAACGUUUCUGCCAACAAUGUAGCAGGUUUCACGAGCUCCGUGAGUUUGAUGAAGCCAAGCGGAGUUGCAGGAGACGCUUAGCUGGACACAAUGAGAGGAGGCGGAAGAGCACAACUGAAUAA